AUGAAACUCAAAGAGUUUGCUAAUUACGACCACAAAAUACCCGUUCUGGUAUUGUGUAUUACAUCUGUGAAACCCGACGCCGCCGCUGCUGACAUCAAUGCCUUCAUCAACGCCGAAACGCGAGGGAAAAUACCAAAGCUUAUAGAACCCUCCUUUGUUGAAGACGCUAAAAUGGUCUUAACUAACGCCGUCUACUUCAAAGGCUUUUGGAAAUACCCGUUCAACCCUCAAAGGACCCACAAGGACAACUUUUUCUGGACUCGGAGAAGCUUCGCGCCCAGGUGCUGGAGAUGCCCUACAGGGGACGCCGUGUCCAUGGUGGUGCUCCUCCCGCGAAGUGGGAGAGCCAAGGAGGUGGACAGGCUGGUCCGACGCCUGAGGCCCAGGAGACUCGUGUCUGUGUUGAAGGCGAUGCCCUCCGUCCCGGUGAGAGUCAAGUUUCCCAAGAUCAUCGUGGAGAGUGCUCUCGAGGAUGAACUCAUUUCGACUUUAAAGAAUAUGGGAAUCCGUGACCUUUUCUCAUCCGCCGCCGAUCUGACCGACUUCACACAUGUUCGAGGAUUAAUGGUGACUAGAGCGAUCCACAAGGCCCUUAUGGAGGUGGACGAAGAAGGCGCAGAGGCAGCAGCGGCGACGGUGCUCGUUAUAACUAAGUCUUCGAUGACUCCAAAGACGACGUUCACGUGCAACCGGCCCUUCGUUUUCUACAUUAAAGAUAACGAGGCGAACAACAUCCUGUUCAUGGGUGUUUAUAGGGGUCUUUGAGGGUCCUCUGCUGGACCUUGUUAUCAUUAUGGUUGGCAUUGUUCUUGUUGAU